AUGCCUGGCUUCGACGACUUCGGUCAGGGCGUGGCUCUGUCCGUUCCGGUUGUGUUUGUCAUAACCGCUGGUUAUUUCGUUUCAGUUCUUUAUCAACGGGGACUUGAGGCUCUCAAGCAUAGCGACAGUCAUCCGGGCACUGGUGGUUCUGUGAAUACUUCUGAGGUUGUUCGUCCUCUCGUGCGCACAUUUGAUCUGCAGCAACCGCUUUACGAGACGGUGUCCGACGAUGGGAGCGACGACUCAGUCGUUACAGUAGUCCCAGCCCCAGAAACUUACUCGCAAGCAGUUACUCGAGACCCACCCCAGACCGUCGUUCGACUUAUAGCUCAAGGUAGACGCAUGGUCACCCUUUUAGAGGGACGAACAGAGGGUAGCUCACUAACAUGGAAAGAACUCCAGUCGUUACUUGAAUAUAAUCUUCCCGGGGGGGGGGGGGGGGGGGGGCUAAAGAACUUGUCAAUGAGAGAAUGGAAUCUUGAAUUCGGUGCUCGCGGUCACAUUGAUGUCCGUACAGCACCAGGAAUUAGAGUAAUCGACGAUCUUUUCCGAGCCCAAGGUUCUAAACAGCCCCAUGUUAGCUCUUCGCUCGCUGUGCUUUAUGAACGAGACCAGACCAGUACCAAUACCCUACGUUACAUUUGCGUUAGCGAUAUCGACAAUCGGAACACAUGUGGGUUUUUGGAGACGCUUGGUCGUGGUCCACGUAUUAUACGCGAUCGAAGGUCGCAUGAGUUUUUGGCGGUUAUGGGUACCCGGAUCGGUCGUCUCGUCGGCUAUACUGUCAUUGAUGCUUUCCCGGUUCGGAAGCGUUUUAUCGCUGCCAUUCACGUCCUCUAUAUCAACGACGACGAUACCUGGCACCUCCGGUUCGACAUUGGCCAUGCCUAA